CCUUCAAACGUGCAACGCUCCGAGCUUUAUAAACAGCCGCGAGCGCUCGCACACGUACUGCUCCUACAUUGAUCUACUCCAAGAACUCGGACACAUAAUAAACCAAAGACCUCUCCCUCUCCACCUUGAUCAUCCAUGUCGGGGUGGGCAGCCGCGAAGGAGGAUGCGCCGGCCCAGCUGGAGCCAUCGCCGGCGCUGGACGGCCCACCGGAGUUCCUGUGCCCGAUCACCCUGGACAUGAUGUGGGACCCCGUCGUGGGUCCAACGGGCAUCACCUACGACCGCGCCGGCAUCGAGGCCUGGCUGCUCCCCACCGGGCGCGGUACGUGUCCCGUCACCCACGGCGAGCUUUGUGCCGAGGACCUCGUCCCCAACCACACCCUCCGCCGCCACAUCCAGGCCUGGUGCGCCGCCAACAGCUUCCACGGUGUCGAACGGGUCCCCACGCCGCGGACCCCUGCCACGCCCGCGCAGGCCGCCGACGCCGUCGCAGAGGUCGAGGCCGCCGCCCGUGAAGGUGAUGCGGCGUGGUGCGCGGAGGCCGCGCGCGGGGUCAGGCACCUCGCUAGGGUGGCCGACCGGAACCGUCAAUGCCUCGCGUCCGCCGGCGCGGCCCGCGCGCUAGCAGUGGCGUUUGCCUCCUUCGCGCCCAGCGCCGGCGCUGCUGGGACUGGCGACGUGCUCGACGACGUCCUGGCAGCGCUGGUGCUAGUGAUGCCGAUCGACGAGGAGGCCAUCGCGGCCAUCGGCUCGUCGAGGGCGUCCGUGGCGCGGCUCGUCACCGUUGCCGCGCACGGUGACCUGCACAGGCGGCUGCAAGCAGUGGUCCUGGUCAGAGAGAUUAUCACCUUCUUAUGCAACGGCAGCGGCGCGGGUGCCAUUGACCUGAGCGCAAACGUCGAUGCCAUCGUCGAGGUGGUGGUCAAGACGGUCAGGGACGCCAUCUGCCCGCAGGCCACCAAGGCGUGCCUGGUCGCCGCGUGCCACCUCGCGCAGGCCGACGAGUGCGCCGCGGCGCGCCUCGCGGCAGCCGGGCUCGUGCCGGUGCUCGUCGAGCUCCUCGUCGACGCUGACAGGAGCUCGGCCGAAAUGGCUCUUGCCACGCUCGACGCGACACUAGCAUCCAGCGACGGCAGGGCGCGGGCCCGGGCCGAUGCGCUCGCCGUCCCCGUGCUCGUCAAGAAGAUGUUCCGCGUGUCGGACACGGCCACCGAGCUCGUUGUGUCCGCCCUUUGGCGCAUAUGUAAGUUGCGCCAGGACGACGAUGGGAUGGACACUGCAGAGGCGAGGCGGCUCGCCAUCGUCGAGGCGCUGCAUGUGGGUGCGUUGCAGAAGCUGUUGCUGCUCUUGCAGGUUGGGUGCAUGGAGGAAACGAAGGAGAAGGCCACUGAGCUGCUGGGGUUGAUGGUCAAGUAUCAGGCCAAAGGCGAGUGCAUUGACACCAUGGAUUUCAAAGGCCUCAACAAGGUUUCUUGAAAUCGAGAUAGAUGUAGAAACUAGAAACACUGUAAUUUCGAGCAGAUAUUUUUGGUGAAUUCAGUAUAAUAUAACAAAAGGAAAUAGGGGGAAAUGUACAUAAAUAUUGUAAAUACUCCCUCUGAUCCGUUCGAGAAUGUAACACGUAUUUUAUUUUACAAAAGUCAUUAAAAAUAAACUUUGAUCGUAAAUUUCUCUUGUAA